AUGAUGUUAUUUGAUUUACAUCAUUCAGAUUUUGUGGCAACAUUUAAAAUAUAGAUAUGCAGAAAAAAAGGUACAAAGGCUGUCAUUGGGGCAGUACCCCAGUACACAUUUGUACCUUAUUAAGGUGGAUAUUAGUACCUUAAAGGUACAUAUAAAUAUACCUAAAAUGUAUAUAUUAAUACUGUUUGAGAGAGAGUGUCACGAAUGUGGCUCCUGUGCCUCCUCCGCAGCAUCUGCACAUGUUCCUAUGUGCAUUCUACUCCAGAAAGUUAUCAGCAGCAGAGCGUAACUACGAUGUAGGCAACCGGGAGUUAUUAGCGAUGAAGGCGGCAUUGGAGGAGUGGCGUCAUUGGCUGGAGGGAGCCCAACAUCCGUUCACCAUACUCACUGACCACAAGAACCUUGAAUACCUCCGUUCUGCCAAACGUCUAAACCCCAGGCAAGCUAGAUGGGCCAUGUUCUUCACCCGCUUUCAGUUCACAGUAACUUACCAACCAGGAUCAAGAAACACCAAAGCUGAUGCAUUGUCUCGCCAAACGGAGGGGGUAGAGAGAACGGAAAACGAGGAGAACAUCAUCCCCGACAAGCUUCUGGUUGCUCCCGUGCAGUGGGACGUCAUGACCGAAAUCACUCAACUCAAUGAACAGUCUGCACCACCACCAGAAUGCCCACCAGAUCACACAUUUGUACCCGCAAACCUCCGCAAUCGAUUACUGCACCAAGUUCACGAUCUUCCCAGUUCUGGCCAUCCGGGAAUCACUGCCACACUCCAUCUGUUACAAAACCGGUUCUGGUGGGACACCAUGGUAUCGGACACCACCCAAUUCAUAAAGAACUGCACUGCUUGCCGAGACUUCGAAGACUCCCCAUCAAGCACUUGCCGGUCUGCUACAGCCUCUACCCAUUCCUCAACGUCCCUGGUCCCACAUAGCUAUUGACUUUGUCACCGACCUUCCUGAGUCCCGUGGCCAUACCGCCAUUCUCACGGUCAUUGAUCGAUUUUCCAAGGCUUGCCGACUCAUACCACUCCCCAAGCUACCCACAGCCUUUGAGACCACAGAGAUCCUGUGCAACUACGUAUUUCGUUUCUAUGGCCUGCCAGAAGACAUUGUCUCAGACAGAGGCCCACAGUUCACGUCCUGGGUAUGGGCAGCUUUCUUCAAACAGUUAAACAUUAACAUCAGCCUCACAUCAGGAUAUCACCCCGAAUCUAACGGACGAACCGAACGCAUGAACCAAGAACUCACCAGAUUCCUACGCACGUACUGUCAACAGAAUCAAUCGGACUGGAGCCGCUAUCUGCUGUGGGCUGAAUACACCCAAAAUUCUCUUCAGAAACCUGCAACUGGUAUAACACCCUUCCAAUGUGUGUUGGGCUUUCAACCACCACUCUUUCCCUGGUCCGGGGAGCCAUCCAACCCCCCACCCUUGAUGGAAGGCGAGGAGGCUUCGAGAGCUACUCGAUUCCAGGCGCCGGGGUGGGAGACUACAAUACCUAGUCAACUGGGAGGGGUACGGCCCGGAGGAGCGAUCCUGGGUCAAUGCGGAUGAUAUCCUGGACCCCUCACUCACUGUAGAGUUUCAUCGGACGCAUCCGGAGAGACCUGCCCCUCGACCACGUGGUAGACCCCAGCGUCCGCCUCCUCGCGUCUGGAGCCGCUCGCGGUGGGGGGGUGGGGGGGUCUCUGUCACGAAUGUGGAUCCCGUGCCUCCUCCGCACCACCGGAGGGAGCCGUCACCUGAAUAUUGACUUUCCACCAUUCGGACUACGUUUCCCAUCAGCCCUCAUUCCUGGGACUGAUUGCGCACACACCUGCACCACAUCACACUCACACUAUUUAAGCCACACUCAUGCACACACACUUUGCGAAGUCUUGAUUUGCCCCGGUGAUCAUUUCUGAGCGUUUUUCUGUGGAUUGUUACUCUGUUGCCAUUUGGACUGUUUACCCUCUGUGAUUCUCUGCCGCCUGCCCUGAUCUCUGCCUGUUUACUGGACUGUGUUUGUUUGCCGCCUACCCUGAUCUCUGCCUGUUUACUGGACUGUGUUUGCUUGCCACCUGCCUCGACCAUUGCCUGCCCCUGUUCACGUAUUUGCCUCUACCCUGUCUGCAUUUGUACUUACCUUAAUAAAAGCUGCAAAUGGAUCCCCAUUCUGUCGACCCAUCAUUACAGAAAGGACCACAGGUGCUUCUCCAACAAAUGCCAACAAACACCAACAAACUUCUAUGUUCAUGGACAAACAGUUGUUCAUGCUAUAAAUUUAAUGAUACCUUUACAAAAAUGCUACUACUCAGUCAUGUAUUCAGCUACAGUAAAGCUUUAAUCAGAAUAAAACCGUAUACUGAAAGCUAACAAACAGCAGUAACAUUUACAAGUGACAGCAUAUCUAAGCACUUUGACACAAGUACAAAAGGAAAUACCAUACCAUUCAUAAACGUCCUUUAAAAACCGUGCUUGCAGAGGUUCUGCUUGACCCUCUUCAUCAUUAUUGCUAUCUGGGUCUGAUUCGGGCUCAAUUUGAUACGACAAUAUAGACGCCAUUAUUUACAUUUCCACUGAAGCACAUGUAAUAACUAAUGGUAAGGGGCGUGUCAUUUCUGGACGCUUCAGCGAAUCACAAUACACUGGGCCAGCUAACCAAUCUGAGCACAUUGCGUAUUUCGGAGGGAGUGGCAUCAUAGAACCAGGAAGUCAAACCAGUCGUUCAAUUGACAAUGGAAACAGCGGUGUAGAAUAAAGGUAAAAUAUAUGAAAAAUACAGUGUUUUUUUUUUUAAAUGAAGCAUUAAUACACGUUAAACUGCGUCUCAUAAACACAAUCAAGCCUAGAAAAAAACACUGAACCACCCUUUUAAUGAGCAUGUUGUGUGUGUGGCUGCAAAUAAACAAAACAGUAAUAAAAAUUAUAUAAAGCACUAUUAUUGAUGUCUAUCUAUCAUGUCUAGCACAAUACAACAGCUUAACCAGGCUGAAUCACAACUUGUCACCAUUUCUUAAACUAUUAAUUUGUACAGAACAAAUAAUAAUAUAUCUCUUUCAAUAAUACAAAAACACUUAAAUCUCUUGCAAACAAUGUGCAUAAGCAUUCUACAAUGAAGUUCAUCCUUUGCUAACGACAUGACAUGACUUAUCAUCUCUAUUGAGUAGAUUUAUGACCCAAAUACUCGAUUAUUUCUAGAUAAUUGCAUAUAUAAUCAAUCUUAAACAAGUAAUUGAAAAAUUUAUAACUCACUUUUAUCAAAUGGAUGCACACAGUUAUUAAUAAUCAACCCAAACACUGCAUCGCGACUUCUGAAAUAGUCUUUCCGUUGCCAGCGCAGCUGUUUUUCUUGUGCGCAAUCUCUUCCGGCACAUGUACCAAUGGCCAUUAGAUGGCGCCUUCACGCUACCUUUGUAACAAAUACCUUUUAAAAAGGUACAUCCCAGUGAUAGCUUUUUUUAUGUCUUCAGACUCAAUUUAUGUGUUUCUCUGGCAACACUAUCAAUGGCGAAAUGAAUCUGCAGCAGUCAGGUGGUACAAGUCCGAGCUCUAUAAGUUGUUUACGUUUAUUAUUAUUGUAAUGUUAUGUGCUUUGAAACAUGAGGUAAUUUAAUGCAGUCAUUCUCUUUGCAGAUUCUUCUCUGGCUGUGUGCAUUCAUGUGUUUUGGAGGAGGCGUGGCUUUGGAGAGCACUAGAGGGAGGCAGACUGCACAAUUUUAGCCCCGAUUUUCAUUCGUUGGCAGGUUUAGCAAAAAUGCCUGAAAUUGGAGACAAAUCGUUCACACAAGUGUAAAUUAUCAAUUAUUGGUAAUCAAUUACGAAGUUUAAAUUAUCAAAGAUGCCAUCUGAAGCUAGAUAUUUUACUUCAUAACAUAAUUUUUUUGCACAAAUGCAUUGCUUCGCUUCAGAAGGCCUUUAUUAACCCCCCCGGAGCCCCGGUGUGGAGUACGUUUAUGAUGGAUGGAUGUGGAUGGAUCCACUUUCUUUGAUUGACAGCACUACCAAAAACUCGAUAGUCAGCUAGAAAAAUUAAUUUAGAGGAGAAAUUUGAUAAAUGCACUAUAUUGCAUAUUCAUUGUAUUUCUACUUAACCUGUUCUUUAGUGUUUUAAUGUAAGUUUGAAUAAAUCUGUCAUGUUUUAUGACAGCCACCAUUUAAAUGUUUAAAUUAAAAAAAAAAAAAAUGAAAUAGCCCUAUUGCCCAUUACAACACAACAAAACUUGUGCUAUGCUAUAUUUAUAGUCAGGCAAUUAAUAUGAAAUGCACAAUCUAAAUUAGUGUGUGCUUUUGUGGUGUGCUUUCUGACGCACACACACAACCAUGCAUCCAUUGGGAUUCCGUCUGAUGGUAUUUAAAAUGUGAUGCUCUGACAUCUGUGCCUUCAACAACAUCUGUGAGGGAAGCGUGUACUGUAGAUUUGCAGUUACAAGGACUUUGCAGUAUUAUUCUAUUCAGUGUUCAAUAGCAGCAUCUGUGGUUAAUUUGAUCUUCAUGUUUGAAAAUGUCUAAUUUUAAUGCUUCUAAAUCGAACCUCACUCAGACUCUGUUGAUUUUGGAUCAAGAUGCACCAAUGAAGGCAUUUUUGUUUGUGACCCCAUGUGUUAUUUUCCUUUAUGUCAAUGGGGUAAUGCUCUUCACUUUGAGGAAAAAGACUGUUUUUCAGGAGGCAUCCCGCUACAUUCUCUUUGGUCACAUGCUUUGGGUCGAUACGCUCAAUCUCUUUAUGAAUUUACUGUUGUAUAUAUGUGCUGUCAGUAGGAUUUUAAUUAUGAAAAAUGUCUGUCUUGUUCUUCUCAAUGCUGCAACAGCUCUUUUUCAGGUCUCUACUUUAAAUCUGGCUUUGAUGUCACUGGAGAGGUAUGUGGCCAUCUGCAUCCCUCUCAGACAUGCAGAAAUCACCAAUUUUGAAAGAACUCACUUAGCUUUCGGUGUUGUUUGGAUCAUGGGUUUGUUUCAGUCCCUGUCUGAGGUGAUUAUUUUCUAUUCCAUUGAUUCUACAAACACAGCAAUGCCUUUGUUCUGUUCAAGAACUACUCUUUUUAGACUGCAGAUAUAUAAGAAACUCGAUAUAGCUUUCACAUGUAUAUUUUUCGUCUCUGUGUGUUUUGUUAUUAUCUUUACUUAUGCUUCUAUAGCAGCUGUGGCUAAAACAGCUGCCUGUGAUAAGGCAUCAGCCAAAAAAGCCAACAAGACUGUUCUGUUGCAUCUAAUACAGCUGGGUCUUGGGGCAUCAUCCAUUUUAGUUGGAGUUAUCCAAGAACCUAUUUAUGUUUAUACUGACCCUACGACUGCAAUAAAUGUAAUGUAUUUUUGCUUUUUAGUGUUUAUAAUUUUCCCUAAAUGUCUAAGUCCUCUUAUAUAUGGCCUGAGAGACCAGGCCUUCAGCUGUUUAUUUAAAUACUACUUCACACUUGGUAAAGGUAAAGUCAAACCAGUUAUAAUAGAUCAAAACGUUUAGUAGCCAUGGUUAAAAAAUUAGCACUUCUUUUAGUACCAUAUUUAAAUAUAUUGGAUAUGUUCCUGGACAUGGAGAUAAUAAUAUGAGAUAAAAUGUUGUAUAAUUUGCUGUAAAGAUACACUGCAGUUGAAUCAGACUAAAACAACUGACCUGUUAUGAAAUAUGCACGCAUUUAGACAUGCUAAACUUUUUUGACAAUCUGUUGGGAAAAAAUGUUUUGUAAUUGCUCAUUUUUGUAAAGGACUACAUUUUUGCACUCUUUCUGGUCAUGUGACAUGAACAAUAUUAAAGUUGUCAUUUAGAUUAUAGUCAUUUUAUUCUGUUUUGGACAGAAUUAACAUCUAAAUGAUCUCUGACGUGAGUAAUGGCCUAUUCAUUCACUGAUUCACUUGAAAAUGCAAGGAACAUGCAAGGAACAAAAUAAAGUGUUUAUGUGGAAUGAAAUGCUUAUCUUUCUGUCUUUUUGUUAUUUGUCCUUUGCCAGAAAGAUUUGGUAAGAUCUAGCAUUACAAAAAAGAUCAUGAUGACCUUUAAGAGACGUCAUUGCACUAUAUUCAAAUAACAUCAUUAUAUUUCCCUUCUGUGAGUUUUUAAAAAAGGAAGUGCGUCUUUCGUGACUUUAAAGCUCUCGGGUAUCACGACAAACACCCCCAAUGGAACUCCCCUACACUUUAAAGUUAGUGAUCGCAUUAAUUAUUUAUACUUUUUUAGACUGACAAACAAUUUUUUUUUCCUUAUAUGAUUGUUUGGGAAUAGGUAUUUCCAUAAAGAAUAACAGAGACAACUACAUUUCAACAGAGGUUCACUAAUAGUCUUAAAGGUCUGAAUUCUUCACAAACACAAACACUUUUCUUAAUGAGAGGUUAAUCUUAGAGAACUCUUGAGUCAUAACCACUUAUUAUGAUCAAUAGAAAUGACAUCUGAACAUGACUCACUCAUAUUCAGACUUGGGUUGAGUGUGGCUGCAGAUGGGGACGUCCAACAGAGUUCUAAUUCUAAUCUGUGAGUCAUCAAAAAAAUCAUCGGAAAAAAACACAUGCACUUCUUCUGAAGGCUUGUAACUUUCUGAAAUUAAUUUGACAACUAACUAACUAAAAACUAACUAAAAACAUCUGUGUUUCCCUUCAGGGUUAUUAUUAUUAACUAAAA